CCUGGAAUCCAGUCUCUCGCUGGCUCGGCCUACCGUACUUAGUGCAGGCUCUCUACGGGGCCACUGUGGGUCUGAGCCGCCGGGAUAAUUGGCCCGACCCGGUAGAAUUUUCACGCGGUUGGACUUUGCCCAGGGGGGUUAAUUGCCGGAUAAUUAACCCCCUGGGCUAAAGUCUAACCCCGUGAAAAUACUACCGGGUGUGGCCCAUUACCCCGGCGGUUGGGAGCUUCCCUGGCCCCGUAGAGAGCCUGCACUAACUACGGUAUAAGGCCGAACGAGAGACUGGAUUCCAGGUUAGGUGAGGGACAGGGCGGAACAUUCGUACCUUACAGUAUCACAUAGCUAGCACAGAACCCAUUCAACCCAGGUGUAACGGUAAAUUUAAAUAUGUAAACACUAGACAAUGUAUGUGACCUUUGACGUCUGGACAGUAUUUGCCCUGGGUCACGGAAGACCGCCGGCGUGGUGUGACGCAAUCACCGAAACCUGGUUACCACGGCUCCCCCUUCCAACAUACACACAACUACACCUGGGUCAGACGGGACUUAUCAUUAGUUUCGCCAGUACAGGAAGAAACAGUCGAAUAUUCAGAGGGAUUAGAAACAAGGCGUCUCACUGCUACAUACGGGAGUUAUAAUCAGUAUAUUUUGAAUCCUCGAACUUUCACCAAUACAGGGAGGAAAGCCGACAGUUCUCUACUCAGACAGGUUCACGUCAGUGGCGUCUCAAACAGCCAGGUGCGAUUUGGACACUUCUCGGAUAUCCAGUAGCCAUCGCCGAGCUUAAACAACACUGAGAGGAAGAAGACUACACCUACAAGAUGGGAGGGAACAACAUGAGCAAAUUUGCAAGACCGGAUGUUGACAUUCAGGAUCAACAUCGUCAUCCAGACUUACCAAGAAAACCAUCAGAAACAGGAAGAACCAAUGUUGCAGCCAAACCUGCCGAAAUGCAAAAGCCCGCAGACAGGCAGUACAAAGACUACCUUAAGGAAGGUGACUCCUCCCUUGUCAAGUCAGACCUGGACGCAGCAGAGCAGCACUUUGCAGCUGCACUCAAGAUAGUUCAUGUCAGAGAUCCAACAGCCCAGCAGUACCAGAGAGAGGUGGAGCCCCUGUGCAAGUUGGGGGAUGUCUACAGCAAGCGAGGUCAGCAGACAGGAGACGGGGGACACUUUGUCAAAGCAGCAGCACUCUACAAUGCAGCAAUAGCCAGGUCAAUAGAUCAAGUUCUCAAUUGUAACAUGGCAACAGCUAUUAAAGAAAUAGAGAUGUCGUUUCUUGCAUGUAUAUUAGGCAUUUCUUGUAAAAUGAACCAGGAUAACAUAAAAUCCCACAUAAAACAGCUGAAGGAGAUGCGGGACCAGAUCAAGCUGGAGAUGGAAACCAUUGACCAGCAGCUGGAUCCCUAUGUACAUGAUGAGGACGACCCACUUGUCAAAGAGAUAGAGGCAAAAAGAGCUCAGGCUGUCAGGCACUUGUUUGAGAAUAUUUCACAACAAAGGAAGGAGUUCAUCAGCCUGCUUGUAGAAGAAAGUGUUGGGUUAAUGGGCCCCCCUCCCUGUAAGUAUGCCAUGAUAGGCUUGGGUUCACAGGCCACGGGACUGGUAACUCCAUACUCAGACCUGGAGUUUGCCAUCUUGGUAGAGGAUGAAAGUGAACAAUGUUUUCAGUAUUUUCGCAACCUCACCCACUAUCUACACCUCAAGGUGGUCAAUCUGGGAGAAACCAUUCUCCCAGCACUGGGAAUAAAAUCUCUCAAUGACUUCUACUCAGAGAACCCCCUUGACAACUGGUACUACGACUCUGUCACACCUCGUGGGUUUGCAUUUGAUGGCUCCAUGCCAAAGGCAAGUAAGACUCCAUUGGGCAGACAGAAAACAAAGCGCAAAGCACACAAUGAACUCAUCUGCACCCCAAACAACAUGGUUUCAAUACUACAAACAGAUGUCUCCUUGUACCUGAAGGAGGGAUAUCACCUUGGCAGCAUCCUACGAAACCCAUGCCUCAUAACUGGGGACCAGGAUUUGGUUGAUGUGUUCAAGAGCACCACAGCAAAGAUACUGCAAAAAGAUGGGGGUAAUAUGGCUCAACAACUAGCACAGGAGACACUGAAGGAAAACAUCAAAAGGAGCAGUGGUAUCGAAAUCAUAACAGCAAAACUGAUUGAUGUAAAGAAAAAACUCUAUCGGUUCCCUUCUGUAGCAGUGGACUGCUUGGCACUGUCUUCUGGCAUUGUGCCUACAACAAUUUGGAAGACAAUAGAAGAAAUGAAAAACCAACAAGUGAUCAGUAACAACAAUGCACACCACUUGACAGUGCUUACCAGCAUCUCAGCAGAACUCAGGCUCAGAACCUACAUUGCAAAUGGUGGACAGAAGGAAAACUUGUCAGCUUUGGCCUCAAUGGAAACAGUGCUCAAUACACAAAGGCCAUACCUACAGACCGAUGAUGAAGUACAAACAGACGCAAAAGUGUUUCAUAUACCAAAUGAAAGGCAGCUUUUCAGAUACUAUUAUACAGCGAUCCCUCUUCAGAGAGCAUUGACUGAGUGCAUAUUGUAUGGGAAGAGGCCAGCUCUGCAGGAUCCCUCUGAUUUGUAUGACACGUCUCCGAACGUAAGAGGGAUGAUGUACUAUGCGCUGUGCAAAUAUAAGUCGGCUAUUGCAUGCUACUCUGAGACUCUGAAGGACACUAAAACGUUUGACUUUGGCAAAAUGGAUUCGCUCAUCAAUCUUGGAGGUGCUUUCUACGAGAUGGGUGACUAUGAGAAUGCAAUCAGCUCCCUCGAACAGGCGCUACGGAUAAGAAGAAGCCAACCAACAGAACGUCUUUACUUUUCCUUCGACCUUGGGGACAAGCUGGGGGUUUUGCUUAACCGCCUGGGUUUGGCAUAUCAUGGCUGGGGUAAAUACAGAAAAGCGAUCAGCUACUUUGAAGAGUCGCUGGAUACGAAGAGAAACGUCAAUGAUCAGGAUAAUGAAAGUAAUGGCAUCGCCACUACAUGGAACAAUCUUGGGGAAACUUUUCGGUUCCUGGGUGACUUCAAGAAAGCAAUCGACUACUAUGAACAGGCACUGCAGAUAAAGAGAAGUGUCUACGGUCAAAGUACUGCACACCCAGAGAUUGCAAUAUUGUACAACAACUUGGGGUUGGCCUCGCACAGUCUCGGGGACCACAGGAAAGCUAUCAGCUACUUUGAACAGGCACUUCAGAUGGACAGGAUUGUCUAUGGCCAGACUACAGUGCAUCCUGAGAUUGCCCACUUACUCAACAACCUGGGUGCAGCCUGGAGCUCUGGUGUACUAAAUGGUACCAGGAAAGCAAUCACCUACCAUGAAGAGGCACUGCAGAUGGGAAGGCGUAUAUAUGGUGAGAGCGCCGCACACCCUAUAAUUUACAUCUCACUUAACAACCUGGGAGAAGCCUGGAGAGAACUUGGUGAUCCCCAGAAAGCACUCCGCUACCAUGAACAGUCACUGGAGAUGCGCAGAGAUCUAACAGGAAAUUCGAUAUUGACAGAAAUGCCUUACCCUACCUAG